AGGUUACGCGGCAGGAUGGUUGUGAGCUGACCGAAAUAUGGAAAGUUAUCAAAGUGGACAGUACAGCGAGUCGGACUCGUAUUCACACGAGUACAGUCUGAAUACUGUACAAAAUGGAUUAGCUGGGGUUCCCAUGUGGGCGAUAUGGUCAUUUGUCAUUUGUGCUGUAUUAAUAAUUGCUGUGCUACUGCUCGACUACUGUGUGAUCCGGCGCAAUGCUUUAGGGAACACUUGCUGCACAAAAGCCCGUCAAAAACGCGGAACCAUCAACGCGGCUCACCAAAAACGAUCGACCAACAUGUUGCUUAAUGUAUGAAGAAAGAUCUUUUCGGAUUUUGAAAAUCAAAUUACAAAUUGAACCGAAACGUGGCUCAAUUGGACCAAGAUGUAUAGAAGUUCACAAUGCUCAACGAUGCACAAAUCAUUGGCUCCUCGGACAUAAUCAAAAUCGAAACCAAAUUUUUUCUUUUCACAUUCCCAUUUUCCUUUUAUUUCAGAACACAUUCCACGGUUUAAAUUCAAUUUACAUUUUCAUUUGAUUUCUGUUUACCUGACACGAUAAAGUGUACAAACAUCACACGAAGCUUUCAUUAGCUCUUUAAUAAAAUAUUUGACAAUAA